UUCCUCUACAGAGCAGCAGAAGUUGCCUCCUUUUUGUUUUCUGUCCCUGGUCAGAAUGUUUUCCUUUCUCAUCCCUGUGGCACUGUGUGUGGCCCUCACCGCUUCCUACGCCGAGGCGGCCUGCAGCGGUCACACUGAUGGUGUGUGCGUCAACGCCAUCUUAGGGGAGUGUCCAGAGGGCACCUACUUCAGCUACAGCCUCCAGCGGCCAUCAUUCCACGUCCAAUGGAACGUGUGGAAAGCCUGACGUCAACAGCGGAUCCAAAAUUGUGGGCGGGUCCGAGACUGACAUCGAGCACUAUCCUUGGCAGCUACAGCAAAGAUACCAACAGCGACAUUGCCCUGGUCAAACUGACCAAAUCUGUGGACACAACAGCUCGCAAAACCAAAGCUAUCUGUCUGCCUACAGCGGGCGAGAAGUUCGAUGCUCAAGUGUGCGUGGCCAGUGGAUGGGGUGCCACACACGAGAAGAACGGUGACGUCACAUUUGCCGACCUGCCCUCCGUAAUACGUCAUGUGUCUCUGCCCAUCUUGAGCCGUGACGUGUGCUCUAUGUACAUGGGCUAUCUGUAUCCCAAGAUCAUCUGCGCUGGAGUCGCUGCCGGAGGAACUGAUACCUGUCAG